CAUUGAUCAGCGAUUAUAUCUCUCCCAUUUCACAACCCUACUCAGCAGCCGCACAAGCCUCUCAUCCCUGCGCUUCCAGUGAUCAUCAAUGGCUCCUGCUAAAGUUGACAGUACGAAAAAGGCUGAUCCAAAGGCUCAGGCCUUGAAAGCUGCCAAGGCAGUGAAAUCAGGUUCAUCAACCUUCAAGAAGAAGGCUAAGAAGAUCCGGACAAAGGUUACCUUUCACCGCCCGAAGACAUUGAAGAAGGAUAGGAACCCCAAGUAUCCACGCAUCAGUGCACCUCCAAGGAACAAGUUGGACCAUUACCAAAUUCUCAAAUAUCCACUGACUACCGAGUCUGCUAUGAAGAAGAUCGAGGACAAUAACACCUUGGUUUUUAUUGUUGACAUUCGUGCUGACAAGAAGAAGAUUAAGGAUGCUGUGAAGAAGAUGUACGAAAUUCAGACCAAGAAAGUGAACACCUUGAUCAGGCCUGAUGGAACCAAGAAGGCGUAUGUUCGGUUGACACCAGACUAUGAUGCAUUAGAUGUGGCAAACAAGAUUGGAAUUAUCUAAGAUAUAUGUAAUUUGUCAAUUUGUCUUGAGAAAAAAUUCUAUUGAUACUGUUUUGACAGUUUUGUUAGUUUGUUGGUCUUUAAUGCUAUUGCAGUUUCAAAAUGGUAAUCUUGUAUGUCAUGUUAGAAUUCGAACGUGGAUACAAUGGCAAUGUGACACACUAGGUUUUUCUUGCUAUUUAUAGUUCAUGUGGUGAAUGGUCAUUGUCCUGUGUUGGUUUGUAUCACCUUUUCAUUUUUUUUUUGUCAUUUCUAUUAAUCUUGCAUGUGAUUUUAUAUUUUGGUCAUGGUACUUCUUUGGCAAUGGGA